AUGAGUCUGCAGAUUUUAAAUGCAGAAAACGAAGAAAAUGGAGGAAACGUCAGUGAUGAUCUAACAGUGGAAGACUGUGACAUUUUCUUUGCACCUCCGGAACCUACAGGGAGGCCUUCCAUUCUGCGCCUGUCCCAGAAGGAAAACCUGCCACCAAAAAGUGUGGGAAAAGCUAUGAAGGUAUCCUUUCAGACUCCUCUAAGAGAUCCUCAGACUCGGAAAAUCUUAAGCCCUGCUGUGAUGGACAGACUUGAGACUACUUUCACACUUGAUGAUUGCAGCGAAGCCUUGACAGAUGAUUAUUUAUCUUCACUCAUCGAUGUUGACACAUAUCAACAAGAGACUGAAGCUGAAGCAAAUACAGUGAUAAGUACACAAAUGCCAGAGAAGAUCAAUGCAGCUCCUUACCCAGAUGAUGAGAUGCCAGUGAAGAGUAGAGGUUCCUAUAAUCUUGAUUUUGAUAACUUGGAUGACAUCAGUCCCUUUCAAAGUUCAGUGCAUUUGCAGCAUUCUCCUGUAAAUCCACAAAAAUCUCCUGUAAGAGCACCUAGCAGCCGUGAGAAAGCUUCUCUAAAAAGUAAUGAUUCUCUUCUGGAUGAUACAGCUUCUUUUGCUUCAACUGCAGCAAGUACAGAGCAUUCAAGUGAAAAGGAGAAGACUCUCUUCUCUGGAAAAGAAUCUGCAUUGAGACAUCUGGAGUCUAACAAACCGAAGCUGUCCCCUAAGAAAGCGAUCAGUGACUCUGUGCAGGAUGUGAAGUCUGCUUCCACAGAUGUAGGCCAAAUUGGCAAUUCACUGAGAUUAGCAGAAGCAUCUACAUCUUCUGUACAGUUAUCUGUCAACUUAGGUCCCAGUAGAUCUGAUGUAACCAAUUCUUCUAGAACUGAGGAAUUGGAGCUUCAGAAUGUUUCAGUAGCAGAAAAAGCCUCUGCAGAAGAGCCAAAGCCUAUGGAAGAGCUGGCAAUCUCCAAAGGGGAACCUACAGAAAAGCCUGGUGUCACCAAGUCUGGACCAGUAAAACUGGAAUUUGACUUUGAUAAUACCACUGCUAGAAAGCCACCUCCUAAGAAACUAGGUAAAAGAACAGGAAUUAAGCCACCUUCCAAAAAAGCUCCUGUUACCAAAAUGAAAACGGAGAAUACUGAAGUGCAGAAUAAAAGUAACGUGGAAGAUGAAAUCCCUGUUCCUAAAGGAUCUUACAAGCUUGACUGGGACAAACUCGAUGAUCCAAACUUUAAUCCAUUUGGAGGAGGCUCUAAAAUUUCCAACUUACCCAAGUCUUCUCAACCUAGCCCUCAGAAAGCUCACCUGCAAGAGGAGCAGGAUAGUACAUCACCAAGAAAAGAGCAUCUUCCAGUGGAGCAGGAUAACAGACCAAGUACCUGUGAAAAUCUUGAGAGAAGAGAACCCAAAAGUCUGGAAAUCGGCGAACAGAAUGUGGUAGAAGACAAGCCAGUGGUUCAAGCAGAAGCUGAACUUCCAGGAGAGAUUGCCAUGGAGAAGCAAAUGAGUCCAUCUGAAAUGUCUGCAGCUAAUGCCCCUUCUCAAGAUAAUUUGGUUUUUGCUGACAGUGGAAAAAAGUCAAUGUCUGCAGAAGAAAUUAAACCUAGUUCCCACAGAACUGAAAUAACAGCAGAGGAGCAGACAGCUAGCACUGAACCUGAAGAGGUCUUCAGACCAUCAUCAGAAGUUCUAGGAAUGGGCAUAGAAAUAGACUAUCUGGAACAGUUUGGGACUUCGUCAUUCAAAGAGUCUGCCUUGAGGAAACAGUCGCUGUACUUGAAGUUUGACCCUCUGUUGAGAGACAGUCCAAGAAAACCGAUUUGUGGUACUAUUGAAACAAACAUGAAUAUCACGACUGCUCCACUUCAGCAUGGUCCUGUUGCUGAUUUAAGCAAACUGAUUGUAGAAGCUGAAAAGCCUGCAGAGAGUAUAAAAACUGAAGAAAAACCAAAAGGACUAGAUCUUCUGGGAACAUUUACAACUUCUGACACAGGUCCCCUAAUUCCAGACCCCCUGACUAGCGAUGUGCCUUCACUCCCUUUUGCUGCUUCCACAAACACUGCAGUGGAUGCUAUUAUAGAUGUGCUAAAAUAUAGCCAGAAAGACAUGGAUGCAGCAGUUGAACUGGUUAAAAGAGAGGUUCAAGAGAAACAGUUGGAGGCUGAGGAAUGGAAAAAGAACUACAAUAAGCUUCAUAUGGAAUACAAGGAAAUGGGAAAAAUAGUUGCUGAGUUUGAAGGUACUAUAACACAGAUGAUGGAGGAUGCUCAGAAGCAGAAGGAACUUUCAAAGAGAGAAAUGCAGAGAAUGGCAGAGGAGAAGCAACAAGUUAUUUCAGAUCUGAACUCUAUGGAGAAAUCUUUCUCUGAGCUCUUCAAGCGAUUUGAAAAACAGAAAGAAGUGAUAGAAGGUUACCACAAAAAUGAGGAAGCUCUGAAAAAAUGUGUUGAAGAUAACCUGGCUAGAAUUAAAAAGGAGGAGCAAAGAUAUAAGGCACUAAAGGCACACGCUGAAGAAAAGCUUAAUCAAGCAAAUGGGGAAAUUGCCCAGGUACGAAACAAAACAAAGUCAGAGAUUGCAGCCCUGCAAGCCAGUCUCCGCAAAGAGCAAAUGAGGGUCCAGUCUUUAGAGAGGAGCCUUGAGCAAAAGACUAAAGAAAAUGAUGAGCUGACGAAAAUCUGUGAUGACUUGAUCUCGAAGAUGGAAAAAAGCUUAUAG